AUGAAGGAAGCGAUACAUAAAAGAAGAGUUGCGGAGAGAUGUGAAGGACGGCCAAAUGUUGGUGUCGGAAGCGUCGGAAAAGUGAAAGUUCUUAUGAUGCAAGAAUUAGACUCCUCUGUUUCAGUCAACUGUCUCGAGACCCGGAAAAGGACAUACACGCUGGCGAUCAAGUCGACGGCGAAAUCGGGUCGGGAAGCUAGAGCCGGCAAGAAGGUUGUUCACCACAUUCAAUGUUCGCCGCACCGGAUGCCUAUGCUGGCAUCGGAAGACAUUGCCGGCGGGGAAAGAAGUCCGAUCAGAAAAGGAGUACUAGCUGAGAGGAGGAGGAGAAGUCAACUUGUGGAAAUUGUGGACUUGAAAUGUGGGAAUCGAUUGGGGAAAAGAUCGUCUUCUGAUCCCAUUGCCAGUCAGAUCAUAAGGCUAAGAUUCUCUAAACUUUCGGGUUGA